GUACAUAAAAACUUGUAUAUAUAAAUAAUUAAAGAAAAGUAGACCAAGAGAAAGGUAGACGAAAGAAAGAGCGCACCUUCCUCCUCUCCUUCUUCGCAACGAAGCUCUCUCUUUUAAAAGGAGCCUUUACAUUUUCUCUACGGUUCCUUCUUCAGAAACCCCAAUCACUUCUCCUACUCCAUCUCAAAACCUCAAAGUCUAAAACCUUUUCUUCUCUUGUUCCUCCAAAACUCUAUCUUCUUCUCUAGAAAAGAUGUGUGGCUCAGAGAGCAAACUCUGCUCCUCAAGAACCUUAACAGAAGCUGAGUCCAUGAGGCAGAAAUCACAAGAGGGUGCAGCCGCCGCCACGUGUCUUCUUGAACUCGCCGCAUGCGACGAUCUUCCCUCCUUCAGGAGAGAGAUCGAGGAGAACUCGUUGGAUAUCAACGAACCGGGCUUUUGGUACUGCAGACGGGUCGGGUCGAAGAAGAUGGGUUUUCAAGAAAGAACACCUCUCAUGGUUGCUGCUAUGUACGGAAGCAUCGAAGUUCUAACUUACAUAAUCUCCACUGGAAGAUCCGACGUGAACAAAGUUUCCAGCGACGAGAAAGUCACUGCUCUUCACUGUGCUGUUUCCGCCUGUUCUGUCUCUAUCGUUCAAGUCAUCAAGAUCUUGCUUGAUGCCUCCGCUUCACCUAAUACCCUUGACGCUAACGGGAACAAACCGGUUGAUCUUUUGGUCAAAGCUUCCCGGUUUAUACCUAACCAGACUAGAAAAGCUGUUGAGAUUCUCUUAACCGGAAACCACGGUUUAGUUGGUUUGGUGGAAGAGGAGGAGGAGGUGAAGAGUGUUGUGUCUAAGUAUCCAGCAGAUGCGUCCCUCCCCGACAUCAACGAAGGUGUAUACGGAACAGACGAGUUUAGGAUGUUUAGCUUCAAGGUCAAGCCAUGUUCUAGGGCUUACUCGCACGAUUGGACCGAGUGUCCUUUCGUUCAUCCUGGCGAGAACGCGAGGAGGAGAGAUCCGAGGAAGUAUCCUUACACGUGUGUCCCUUGUCCCGAGUUUCGUAAAGGGUCUUGUCCUAAAGGAGAUUCAUGCGAGUACGCGCACGGUGUUUUCGAGUCUUGGCUUCACCCUGGUCAGUACAGGACACGGCUUUGUAAAGACGAGACCGGUUGCGCGAGGAGAGUUUGCUUCUUUGCUCAUAGGAGGGAUGAGCUGAGACCGGUUAAUGCUUCUACUGGCUCAGCUAUGGUUUCACCUCAGUCGCCCAUGGGUGAUAAUGGUGUUCCUUUGUCUCCAAGAAACGUUGGUUUAUGGCAGAACACACCACCACCUUUGCAGCUUAACGGUAGUAGAUUGAAGUCUAGUUUGAGUGCUAGAGAUAUGGAUAUGGAUGUGGAGAUGGAACUGAGGCUCCGUGGUUUCGAUGGUCAUAGGCUCAAUGACUCUGUGAUGUCUCCAAGCAGGCACUCUCAGAUGAACCAUUACCCUUCUUCUCCUGUGAGGCAAGCACCUCCUCAGAGGUUUGAGUCUUCAGCAGCUAUGGCAGCUGCGGUGAUGAACGCUAGAUCAUCAGCGUUUGCUAAACGCAGUUUGAGUUUCAAACCGGCUCCAGUAGCUUCUAAUGUCUCGGACUGGGGAUCACCAAAUGGGAAGGUUGAGUGGGGGAUGCAAAGAGAGGAGAUGAACAAGAUGAGGAGAAGUGUCUCCUUUGGCAUUAAUGGGAAUAACAAUAACAAUGUGUCACGUCCUGUGAGGGACUACAGCGAUGAGCCAGAUGUGUCGUGGGUGAACUCACUGGUGAAAGAUAGUGCACAGGAGGGAGCCUUUGGGUUGAAUGGUGCAGCGGUUAGGGAUGAGUUUAAGCUGCCGUUGUGGGCAGAGCAAAUGUACAUAGACCAUGAGAAGCGGCAGCCUGUGGCAUAAGAAGCAGACAGAAUCUAACAAAUCUUGGCAAUAAUUUUUUGAUUUGUGUUUGACAGCCAUAUAGCUAUCUAGCUACUAGUAUAUGUUUCUUUAUAUUCUCUUGUAUUUUUUUUAAAUGUCAUUCUCUUGUCUUUGUGACACUAUGUAAUGAUUGAAAGCAAAUAAUUGAUGAACGAGU